GAGAAAUGAAAAUGUGCGCGAGAUACCGAUCUUCAUCACCAUCAUCAACUGAGAGCUGAGACGCGCGCGACACUGACAUGAGGCUCUACACUCACGUGAGCCUGAGGGGGGCGUGUCUCAGGUGAGGGAGAUGGACAGGUGAAAGGAAGGAGAGGCGGAGUUUCUUCCUGCUGAGGAGCUCCACAGAGCACCAGCGCAACUAAACCGAGCUCAUCUGGAGAGAAGCGCGCGCGCCUCAGAGGGAUGGACGCUGCUGGGUAAGGGGAACGGCGCUGCACUUCACUUCCGGUUCUGAAUCACCUGCCCGCGCGUGUGAGCAUGAGGCUGCUCGGGGUCGCGUGCUUCCUGCUGCUGCAGAGCGCGUGCGUGCCGCGGAGCUGCGCGCGAGAUGCAACACCUGGUUCAGGAUUUGACUGCUGCGAGGGCGACGUCUUGCUCCUGCUGGACUCAUCUGGAAGUGUCUCCUUCUACGAGUUCUCCCACAUGCUCCACUUCCUGUCCAACUUGCUCAGCCCUUUCCAGGUUGGGCGUGGCCACGUCAGGGUGGCACUGGUGCAGGUGGACACGGAGCCGCAUGUGGAGUUUAACUUCAGUGCCCACAACAGUCAGAACACUCUGCAGGACGCGCUACUGAGAACACCACAGCUUCGUGGUGACACCAAGACGGAAACAGCACUGCUCAUGGCUCAGAGUUUACUGUGGCGACCGGAAGGACAGGAAGCUCCACCCAGAGUGCUCCUAUGGCUCACAGAUGGCGUGGAGCCAGGAAACGUCAACAGUCCAAUAGCAGAGCUGCACGAGGAAGGCGUGUCUGUGCUGGCUGUUUCUACUGGACACUCUAAUUACCAGGUGUUUAGAAGAGCUGUGACUCCACCCAUUGAUAAACACCUGUACUUUGUAGAUCCUGAUUACAUGGACAUCAUCACCAAGGACCUGAGAGAAGCCAUCACAGAGCUGAUCUGCACCGAGUGUCUUCACGUACGCAACGUGACUUCCCAGAGUGCCAUGCUGCACUGGCAGCCCAUUCUGAUUCAUGGACUCGGUCAGUACGAACUCCAGUACGGUGAGACAGGGCGGAGCAUCGAGACGUACCGAAAGCUCACUCUGUCACCUGAUCACACCUGGAUUGAACUCACCGACCUGCAGCCCGAGACACACUACAGCGUCCGGCUCACAGCACACACACCAUACAGCACGCACAGCAGAACGCUCAGCGCCAGCUUCACAACCCUGCCAGAGCUGAUCUGCACCAAGUGUCUUCACGUACGCGACGUGACUUCCCAGAGUGCCAUGCUGCACUGGCAGCCCAUUCUGAUUCGUGGACUCGGUCACUACGAACUCCAGUACGGUGAGACAGGGCGGAGCAUCGAGACGUACCGAAAGCUCACUCUGUCACCUGAUCACAUCUGGAUUGAACUCACCGACCUGCAGCCCGAGACACACUACAGCGUCCGGCUCACAGCACACACACCAUACAGCACGCACAGCAGAACGCUCAGCGCCAGCUUCACAACCCUGCCAGAAGUGUUGCAUCCUACAACAGUGGUGGUGUCAGAAUCUGGUCCGGACUGGCUGCGUGUGAGUUGGUCCCCGGUUCAGUCGGGACGGGUUGAGUGGUACCGGGUGGAGUUUGGGCCAAUCCCACGUGGGGAUGUACGCUCUGUGAUGUUGUCCAGGUCUGAAAGCAGCGUACUGCUCACGCAGCUCCAGACCGACACACACUACCUCAUCACCAUCAGCGCUGUAUACUCCUCCAGCCAGGAGGGGGCGAUUUCCGUUAAAGCCUGCACUCAGGAGGUUCUCCCAGCCGUACAUGACCUUCAACUGACGCCGAUGGGCUUCGACUCUGUCAAAGUGGACUGGAUGAGUCGGGGACAAGGGGCGGGGCUUCAGGGUUACUGGGUGAAGUGGGAGACGGGGGAACACUCUUCAUCACUGUCCUCAUCAUCGCGUUACGUGCCUGCUCAUUUGCUUUCCACCGUACUGACACACCUGAACCCUACGACCCGUGUGUGUGUGUCUCCAGUGUACAGAACGGCACGUGGCGAGGGGCUAUGCUGCACUACACACACAGGUGAAUGUUGUCAGCUUGGAUUAUAGGAAGAUGCUGGAGUUCCUCCUUCUGUUAUUUUUACACAGCACAGUUUGCAACUCAUCAUGAAAUACUUGGAGUGCUGUGAUUUUGUGUUGUCUGUUCAUCAACUUUACAAUGUGCAUGAGGCUUCCAUCACAGAGUAUCAUGUAGGAGUCGAUCAGUUUUUGGUAUCUGAGCGUUUUUUACCACAAUAUCGGGCCAGUACUCCAUACUGGUAUCGGUACUGAUGUGUCCCUCGUCGUUAUGGUCCAGCAGAAUAAACUUCUUUCCUCAGCACACUUUUAGUGACCUGCUGACUUUUUCUCACACAUGGCUUUUACUGUAAUAAAGGACCGUUUCAUUUUAAUGGAACAAAGUGCCGCUGCCUUCUUUGUCUAACACACCACAUGUCUGUUUCUUUCUCACAGCUCUUUCGUGAAAAGAGAAAAGGUUCCAGACUCCAGAGGAAGAACAACAACUGGCUUUUGGUGGAAAAGGACAGAAGAGGACCUGUUUCUGGUUUUAUAUCACAGAGACUGACUUUCACAUUGCCUUAUUUCGAGUGUAAUUUAUGUUAAUUAACAUCGCUGGUGUGGAACAGUGGUAAUAAUGAAUAUUAUUUAAAAUUUUCUCAGAAAUCCUGUCAGAUUAGCAUGCAUAAUCUGUCCAGCUAAUGUUAGCAAUAAAGUCCUGUCAGGUUAGUUCCUGUUUAAAUGACUUUAAAAUCCUCUCAGAAAGCUCGUUAGCUUCCAUUAUUCAGGUGGAUCCAGUAAAUAUUAUGAACAUUGAUGAAUUUUAUUUAAAAUUCCCCCAGAAACACUGUCAGGUUAGUUCAUGUUAGCUAACUAGCUUGUAUGUGCAGGGAAUAUUUUGGACAUUUCUAAAUUUGUCUCAGAAAUCUUCCGGUUAGCUUGUUGCUCAGCAUUAGUCAUGAAGAGUUCUGAAAAUUACUUUAAAAUUCCUUCAGGAAUACUGUCUGUUAACUCAUGUUGGCGAAAUAGCUUGUAUUAUGAACAUUUUAAAUCAGACACUCGGAAAUCCUGUCAGCGCGCUCAGAUUUCUCGCUAGCAGCCAAGCAUUCGCGGUGAAUCUCACUUUAUAAUCCUCUCAGCAAUCCUGCUGGAUUUGUUGAUAUGCGAAUAGCUGUUAGCCUUACAGAUUCGGAAGUUGUCAUGAAAUUGACGAGAGCUAAGUCAUACAAUACCCGAAACAUUUAUUUUAAUUUCCGUUUAAAUCCGGAGCAUCGAGUGCUCGAAUAUAGUCACUUCUUAGUGUUCUUAAGAACAAAUAACCUAAAUUAUAUUAUAGACAGAUGUACAGAUUUACCAAAUUGAAAAAAAUAAAUCAUGUUGUAUAUAAUUAAAUGGAUGAAAAGUGAGUCAUGUCUGGUGUUGACGGUUCGGUCUGUUGGCUGGAUUAUCACCCCCGAGGUGGUGUCAGAACAAAGGAGAGAAAAAUCUUUACUUCAUCUUCACAACUGACGGUGUGACCUGAAGAGAAGCCUUCUGGAUCGAAAGAGGUGAUCGAUCAGGAUCAGUCGGAGAUGCGAGAGGUUAAAGAUGAACGAGUGAAGGAAACAAAUCCAUCUUAAUGGCUUGGUGUGAUGAGGUCUGUGGGGUAUCAAUAAAUUAAAUCAAUCCCUGCCUUCA